AUGGCGAGAAGACGUACUAAAAAGCGCACCCAUGUUGGUGCCAAUAACCCAGCUGGAGCAAAGGGAACUCCUGCUUCUCAAGCUUCACGAUCCCCGAAAAGCAUGGUAAUUCGAGCUGGUGCAGGAGAAGUCGGACCAAGUGUUAGUCAAUUGGUAAGGGAUGUUAGACGGAUGAUGGAACCAGAUACGGCCUCAAGAUUGAAGGAGAGAAGAGCAAACAAAUUGAGAGAUUAUCUCACAAUGGCAGGUCCUUUGGGUGUCAGUCAUCUCAUGCUGUUCUCGAGAUCAGAGGCCGGAAAUACAAACAUGCGACUUGCUCUUACACCAAGAGGUCCAACAUUACAUUUCAACGUAGAGAAAUACUCUCUAUGUAAAGAUGUGAGGAAGGCAUUGAAGCAUCCUAAAGGUGGUGGAAAAGAAUAUACAACACCUCCAUUGCUUGUGAUGAAUAAUUUCAUAUCUCCUGCGUCAGAAUCGAGUUCCGAAAAUAAGAUACCCAAACAUCUCGAAUCGCUCACAACCACCAUUUUCCAGUCUCUUUUUCCACCGAUCUCUCCUAAUGUCACACCCUUAACAUCCAUUCGUAGAGUUAUGCUUCUCAAUCGAGAGCCGACUAAAGGUGAAGAUGAUGGCACAUAUACCAUUAACCUUCGUCAUUACGCAAUCACGACCAAACGUAUUGGUCUCUCGAAGCCAUUGCGAAGAUUGAACGCUGCCGAACAAUAUCUACAUUCAAAAAAUCCAAGAAAGGGAAUACCAAACCUCGGAAAAUUGGAAGAUAUCGCCGAUUACAUGAUUGGAGAAGACGGGGCUGGAUAUAUGACAGAUAAUACAAGUGGAAGUGAGGUUGACACCGACGCAGAGGUUGAAGUGGUUGAGACGCGCACUCGUAAGAUUCUCAACAAGCGCCAAAAGGAAAAGACCCGUGAUGGACAAGUCAAGGGUGCCAGAAGCGGUGCUGAAAAACGGGCUAUCAAAUUGGUGGAAUUAGGACCAAGGAUGAAGCUAAGAAUGACAAAGGUUGAGGAAGGCGUGUGUGACGGAAAAAUUAUGUGGCACGAGUAUAUUCAUAAAUCGAAGGAAGAAGUUAAGGAAAUGGACAAGGUCUGGGAGAAGAGGAGACAAGAAAAGGCAGUCCGUAAGAAGAUUCAGAAGGAGAAUGUUGAGAGAAAAAAGAAGGCCAAGGCUGGUAACAAGAAAGGUGGCGACGAUGAUGAAGAUGAUGACGAAAUGGACGUCGAUGAGUGGGAUAGUGAAGGUCUAGAAGGGGAUGGAGAGAUGGAGCUAAAUGAGGAGAUGGAAGAAAAAGGAGAAUGGGAAGAUGAAGAAGAGGAAAUUGCUGCCGGUUGA